CAUCCCUACACCAAAGCGAUCACUGUGAAUUGUGAAAAAUACGAUUUUGAUAAACCCAAAUAGCAUUUCUAAAUAAUUUUGUUGUAUAGUUCUGCCUCUCAAAAAUGAGUCUAAGUAAUUCAACACACAAUCCAAAUGAUGUCUAUGAAAAAGAUGAUCGAAGGAUAUCCAGGACCGAUAUGAACAUGCUCAUAAUGAAUUACCUAGUCACAGAAGGUUUCAAGGAAGCAGCCUUGAAGUUCCAGCAAGAAGCAGGUUUGCAGGAGCCAGCUCUGUGUAGUUCAUUAGAUGAGCGCAUUAUGAUCCGUGAAGCAGUACAAAGUGGGCGCAUUCCUGAAGCUAUUGCUAUGGUUAAUGCACUACAUCCAGAGCUCUUAGACAACGAUAGAUAUCUUUAUUUCCAUCUCCAGCAACUGCAACUUUUGGAGUUAAUUCGUGCUGGCAGGGCUGAAGAAGCACUAGCGUUUGCAAGUGCUACAUUGGCAGAAGCAGGGGCAAAUGAUGCUAUUGCUCUUACAGAACUUGAAAGGUCACUUGCUCUUCUAGCUUUCCCGGAUCCACAUGCAUCUCCGUUUGCUGAUCUCUUAUUGCCAUCACAUAGCCAGAAGAUUGCCAGUGAACUAAAUGCAGCAAUAUUAAAAAUGGAGAAUCAAGAAUAUACCAAUCCAAAACUCUGCAGUCUUCUCAGGAUGAUACUCUGGUCACAGAGUGAACUAGACAAACAUAACAUUAAGUAUCCAAAGAUGACAGACCUAGCUAAUGCUACAAUAGAACAUCCAAAGUGAACUUAUUAUAAACAUAGUUUAUUUAAAAUAUACCUAGAUGUGACUUGAUUACUUGAUUCAUGUUCUGCCCCCUUACUGUCAAAUGCAGCCGCGACUGAUCGACA